CUUUUUGUUAACUUUUAAUCUAAUCGGUUGCUUUCAGUAAUUUAUCUUUCCAAAGAUUAUUUAGACCAAACAAUAUAAAUAAGCUCUUCAAUUAAAUCCAUCAUCUUACCAAAAUGAAUCUUCACUUUUUGUUUAUAAUUUUUUGUGUCUCUUGUGUUCAAUCAUCACUCUAUCCAAAGGAUAGUUUGACUCGGUUCACUCGCACAUUAGAUGGAAUCUGGAACUUCAGGAUAUCUCCAAUUGACGACCAAAAUGUAGGGUUCAAAGAGAAAUGGUUUGCUUCUCCAUUAUCACAGACUGGAUCUGUGAUACCAAUGCCAGUGCCUUCAAGUUUCAAUGACAUUACUCAAGAAAAAUCAAUUCGUGACUUCAUUGGUUGGGCUUGGUAUGACACUGAAUUUUAUGUUGAUCCAUCGUGGUUAAACUCUAAUCGUCAAGUUAUACUGAGAUUUUCAUCAGUAAAUUACGCAGCAAAAGUCUAUGUUAAUGGAGUCAAUGUAACUGAACACAUUGGUGGACACCUUCCAUUUGAGGUGUUGGUCAAAGAAAAUUUGAUCUCUACUGGUGUUAAUAGAUUAACUGUGGCUGUUAAUAACACACUUGAUGAACACACAGUUCCACCUGGACAAUUGGUUUGGAAAAAUGGGACUGAUUAUCCGAAAAAUUUUUACGUUUUUACACCCAAUUUUGAUUUCUUCAACUAUGCUGGUAUCCAUAGAAGUGUUCAUCUUUAUUCAGUUCCCUCUACAUUCAUCAAAAAGGUUAAACUUGCCACUGACUUGAUGUAUGAAAACUCUUCUGGUGUCAUUAAUUAUGCAUUAAGUGUUAAUCUUGAUGAAUCUGCUUCACAAAGUGAUUAUAAAGUAGAUUUAGUAAUCAAAGACGCUGAAGACAAGGUGAUAGCACUUUAUGUUGGCGAUUACUCUGGAAGUGUUACUAUUCCUGAAGUAAAUGCAUGGUGGCCUUACUUAAUGAACCCGAAACCAGCUUAUCUUUAUAAAGUUGUGUUUGAAAUAAGCAAAGAUUCACAAUUAGUAGAUCAAUAUGAAUUUAAAAUUGGAUUCAGAAAAUGGAUUGGAGCUAAUUCAUUUCGAACCUCUCAUUAUCCCUAUUCUGAAGAAAUGAUGGAUCUAGCUGAUUCCCAAGGAAUUGUUGUUGUAGAUGAAUGUCCAGCAGUUGGGUUAGAAUCGUUUGACAACAUAAAACUAAACCUUCACAAACAGUUUCUAACUGAACUAAUCGAUCGGGAUUACCAUCGACCAUCAGUUGUAAUGUGGUCCAUUGCUAAUGAACCAAGUUCAACUUUAUCAAGUGCUGAUAAUUAUUUCAAAACUAUUUCCUCUCAUGUUAAAAAACUUGAUACAAGUAGACCAGUAACUGCUGCUGUUUCAGUUCAAUUAAGUGGAGACUUGAUGUCACAAUAUCUAGAUGUAAUCAUGAUAAAUCGUUAUUUUGCUUGGUAUUCUGAUUAUGGUGAAGUAGAGGUUAUCAAACCUCACUUAGUUAAUGAACUUAGGCGCUGGUAUAAAAAAUUUAAGCGACCGAUACUGAUCAGUGAAUAUGGAACCGAUACAAUCCCUGGCAUACAUGCGAGUCCAUCCUACAUGUUUUCAGAAGACUAUCAAACUGAAUGUUUAAUGGAAUGGUUUGAUGGGUUUGACCAACUUCGAGCUGACGGAUUUUUUGUUGGAGAAAUGAUAUGGAAUUUCGCUGAUUUUAUGACUGCUCAAGGUACAACUAGAGUUUAUGGGAAUCGUAAAGGAAUCUUCACCAGAGAACGUCAACCCAAAUCUGCUGCUAAAUUACUUCGAUGUCGAUACUUUAAUAUACACAAUGCUUCUGUAAUUGAUCACAAUAUGUAUUGUCCAGCUCGAUGAAUCUUUGCUUGGCUAAUGUUUCAACUAAAUUUCUGACUUGACAUGACAAUAAAAAAAAGACGAAAAUUUCAAUUACUGAAUUGAGUAAAAUGCUUCACAAAUUGUUGUGAUUAAGAUGUAAAGUGUUUUUACCCAAAUUGUAUAAAAAAAUACAAUUAAAUCUGUCAAGAAGUUAAUAAUAA